AUGAAAGAAGAAAGGGAGUUGUACAAAGCUACCAAAGCGAUAAGUACACAGAACAAUGCUCAGAGAAAAAUAAACGCACAGAAUCAGUUGUCGUCCAGUAGCUUCGUAAACAGAAUGAAAAACAUCAAUAAGGCUUUCCCUCAUAUUAGAAGCAAGGAAGACAAAAAUUACAUGAAGGAGAAUUUUAUGAAAAUACAAGAGAAGGUGUCUCUACAAAAGAAGAUCCUGGAACUGAAGGAAGAAGAAAAAAAUAAGAAACCAUUUAAAAUGAAGAAGUUUGAAAAUGUGGUUUCUAAGGUGGCUAGAAAUUUGCAAAAAACUGGGGAGGGCUCCCUUGGCGUAAGUAAGGCAACGCAGCCUAAACGGGUCAUCACGGAGGAAUGUGCCCCUGGGCAGGUGGAAGAGGAAGAACAGGGGGAGUAUGACAACGGGGAGGAAGCAUAUGGAGAAGGUGAGGGGGAAGAAGUAGUAGAUUAUGAUGAUGAAGAAGUGGAGUACGUAGAGGAGGAGGUAGAUUAUGAUGAUGAAGUUGAGUACGUGGAGGAGGAGGUAGAAUACGAAGAGGAGGAGGUAGAAUACGAAGAGGAGGAAGUAGAAUACGAAGAGGAGGAAGUAGAGUAUGCGAAGGAAGUGGAGUAUGAGGACGACGAAACAGGAUAUGAAGAGGUGUCUCGUAAAUGCCAAAUUGAAAAGCGCCAAGAUACAGCCGCAGAAGCCGACUCUGUAAGCGCACCCGCUAAGCGUGAAAGCAGCAUCAUAGAAAAACUCUCAAAACGGGGUAGCGAACUGCCAAGUACAGAGAAGGGGAACAGGAAGAACCUCCAUAAGAACUUUGGAAAGUUACCCACCUACAUCUUAAAGAAAAAAAAGGACAUCGUAGACGACUCCACAGAUGUGCCCGAUGGCUACAGGCUCCUGAAAAACGACGAGAGAAGCUGCGUCCUGAAGGAGCUGCACUCACAAUUAACGGAGACAACAGAGGAAUAUAAGAUAAACAAAGACAAGACCAGAAAAAUAGAACUGGGGAAAAGACUCAAAGAAAUAAAGGAAUCCAUAGAGCUGUUAAGCAAACCACACGUUCUGGUGAACGAAAAUUUUUAG